AUGGAAAAAAAGGUGCUCAGGACUGUGGCUUGUUUGGUGCUUGUUUUAUCAGCUAUGUGUGCAGGUGAAGGUAUCUUACCCCCGGGACCCCUGAGCGGAGCUGUAGCAGGCACAGUGAAGUUCACUACCACCCUCAGACCUCCAGAGAGUCCAUUCCUCUCCGUCAGCUGGAGCUUCAAAAGGGUGAACAUCAUCACCUCUACCAGCAGCGACGUCAUCGAGCCCGGACAUGCCAACAGGAUCUCAUUGGACCGAUCCACGGGGUCCCUGGAGCUCAGGAACCUGCUGCUGGAGGACAGCGGAGAGUACACCGUCACCAUCAUACCAGACGGAGGGCUGCAGACACAGGGGAGGACAACCCUGAGUGUGUAUGCGCUGAUAACUGGAGCCACCAUCCACAGCCCCGCAGCCAUCCUGAUAGAGGACAAAAGCUCCACCAACCUCAGCUGCGAGGCCUCCGGCUCCAUCAGCACCAGAGAGUGGAUGAAGGACGGCCGGCCCCUCCAUCCGAGUGACAGAGUCAGCUUCUCCAUGGACAAAAGGAUGGUGUUCAUGAAACCUGUUCACAGCUCCCACCACGGCACCUACCAGUGUCGACUCAGCAACCCCGUCAGCACCAUGACUGCGACCCUUGAUCUCACUGUCAACUUUGGACCACAUAAUAUCUCAAUUAUUGGACCAUCUGCAGCAGCACCUGGACGCAGAGUCACACUGCAGUGCACAGCAGACUCCGUCCCUCCUGCAAACUUCAGCUGGAUGUUCAACAACAAUGAGACACAUGUUAAUGAAUCAAUGUUCAUCAUAGAGAGGCUGGAGGCAGAGAGCAUUGGGAAUUACACCUGCACUGCCAGAAACAUGGUGACCAUGCUGGAAAACUCUACAGUUCUGUAUCUGAGAGCGUCCUGCACCACUCCCUGCUGGUCGUUUUUACUGCUGCUGCUCAGUGUGCUGACUCUGAGAGAGUCACUGUAA